CAAUCAUAACCUCCUUGUCUUGCAUUCUAACCUCGUUAUUUUUUUUUUUGUUUAUAUUGAGAGCCUUGAGGUUAAUUAUGGUCCCCAAAAGUCAAAUAUUGAGCUUGUACAAGAGUCUCCUCAAGGAGUCUCAGAAAUUCUCCUCAUAUAACUUCCGUUCCUAUGCAGUUAGGAAAGUUCGAGAUGCUUUUAGGGAAAAUAAGGGAGUAACUGAUUCGCACGUCUUAAAUAAUAAAUUAGAGGAAGCUUAUAAGAGUUUGGAGUUGAUUAAAAGACAGGCCCUCAUUAGCCAAAUGUACCAAACCGACAAGCUAGUCAUUGAAAAGAUGUAAAUUAUUCACUUUGAAAAUAAAACUAGAUUUAAUUACA